AUGAAUAGUAAUAUUAAUAAUAAUAGUAAUAAUAAUAGUAAAUUUUAUGAGAGAGUUAGAGAUGGGUUUUCAUUAGAUUUAAGAUCACUUUCUUUUUUUAGAGUAUUAUUAUCAACAUAUUUAUUGGUGGAUUUAGCAACUAGAAGUAUAUAUUUAAAUAAACACUAUACAGAUUAUGGCACCUAUCCAAGAAGUUCAUCUGUAUCAGGAGAGAGAUACUCUUUUCAUCAAUUUGGUGGCUCAACAACUUUUGUUUUAAUAAUAUUUAUAACAAAUGCAAUUAUAAAUCUUUCAUUAAUGGUCGGCUAUAGGACACGUCUUUCAACAAUACUAUCAUUUGUAUUUUUGGCAUCUCUUCAAAACAGAAAUCAUUUUGUUAUAGACGGAAGUGACGAUUAUUGUAGAACUAUGCUAUUUUUUUCAAUAUUUUUACCAUUAGGAGAGUUCUUUUCAGUUGACUCAAUACUAUCAAAUAAAAACAAACCAAAGGAAAAGAAAAAGUAUUUGUCGGGUGGCACAGUCUCAUUUCUUACACAAUUCAUAUAUAUUUAUGUUUUUACUGCAUUAUUUAAAGCUGGUGAAGCAUGGCAUGAAACUUACGAUGCAGUAUAUUACGCACUAAAUUUAAUUCAAUUUGGGCAUGGUAUGGCUUCAUUUUUCCUUCAAUUCCCAAGUCUAAUGGUGUUUUUAACAAGGGUAACUUUAAUUUUUGAAUAUGUUGGACCAUUCCUUUUAGUAUCACCAUUUUUCAAUUCAACAACAAGAAUAAUUUCGAUUUUAGGAUUUGUUGGAAUGCACAUUGGCUUUGGUUUGUGUUUAAACCUUUAUUUAUUUGUUUUUAUACCAAUGGUUGUAUGCACAGCAUUUAUCCCAUCGGACGUUUGGGAUUUUAUUGAAAGAAAAUAUAUAGCAACUAAAGAACCAAUUAAAAUUUAUUAUAACUCAAGGUUAACAGCUAAAAAUAUUCAAUUUAAAUUGUUUUUAGAUUGCUUUUCAACAUUCUUUUUAUUUAAUCACAAUGUUAUCAUUAAUGCAAAUAGUAGCAAAGCUCAGCUCGAUUUUAAUGGUCAGGAUAGCAUGGAUAUCGAACGAGGCAAUAAUGAAGUUUAUGUAGAAAAUAUUUCAGUUCAAUAUAAUGGUCAAACUUUUACAGAAGAAAGAGCAAUACAGUUUUUAGUUUCAAAAUCAUUUUCAUUAUUUUUAAUUUCAAAUUUAUCUAUAAAGUAUUUCGAAAAGGUUUUAUCAUAUAUUUUAAAUUUCAAUAAUAAUCACGACAAAUCUACAAAAAAUAAUAGUAAUAAUAGUAAAAAUGAUGAAAAUGAAAUUUUUAAUAGCUUUGGUAACAAUCCAAAGAAAUCACUGAAAAGAAAUAUAAAAAAUGCAUUUUUUGUUAUUUUAAUGACCUACCUAUUUUACUAUAAUCUAUGCAUUUAUGAAACAAUGCUACCAGAUACAAGUUUGGAACCAUCAAUUGCAUAUCAUGGUUUUGUUAAACUUUUAAGAGUUGACCAGUAUUGGGCAAUGUUUGCGCCAGAACCACCAAGAAGGUCGGUAUGGAUCGUUUCAGAAGGAAGAUUUUCAAACAAAUCACAAAUUGAUGUGCUUACGGGCGAAACCACAAACUAUAAAAAUAUUCCUUCAUUAUUUUUUAAUGUAGGUCAAAGAGAAAGAAAUUUUUUAUUAGCUGUAUCAUACGUGGAUCAUCUCAGAUUAGAGUUUGGAAGAUAUUAUUGCCGUAAAUAUAAUAUCUAUGAAAAAAAUGAAAAUUUUGGUAAACUUAUAGACUUCAGAAUUUAUACACUUCUUAAAAACACACCUCCACAGGGCAUAGACCUCGAAACAUUGGAUCCAAAUAUUAAAUUCCAAUAUAUCUCUGCCCAUUGGUUCCAUCAAGUAUCUGGUGUUAGUAUUCCCAUUCCAUACACAUUAACACUUACCGAGACAGCUCCAAAUACAUACACCUAUUCAAAUAAUGCAUUCUUCCCAAUUGAUGGCAGAGGUAAUUAA